CUUAAUUUAGAAGGACUUUUGAAGUUAUUUUAUUAGUAUAAUGGAUCUUUAUCUCUCUCCCAAGCACUUGCUUGUCAUUUGUCUGCUCUCAUUAGCAACCUUCUGCUGCAAAGCUCAACAGGCAGAUUCAGUCCAGAUUGUUGCCAGAGCUGCACUUUGUUUCGACAAUCAGACUGUGACAAAUGGUUGCAUGAGAUGGAUGAGGCGCAUUUCCAAUAGAACUGCAACAACAAAUCGCUUCUGCAACACCCCCUGCUUUGGCCAAAUGAUGUUGAUGCUUAACUGUGUGGAUGGAAUAUUAACCAAUUUCCAGUUCUACAGUCCAGGGCUGAUGCAGGGAGUUCAAUCUAUUUUCCAGAUGUCUUGUGGAGGAAGAACUAGCAAUAAUAUUAAUACCAGUACAUCUGGAAACAUGGUGGCUGAGACAAUUGAAGCUGAAGCCAAUCAGAUAUUUAAGCCAUAGCGCCUAAGUUCUUUGCUGUUGUAGCUGCUCUAAUUCUUUACAGAAAUUCUGGGUUUUGUCAUAAAACUGAAGAGAGAUGAGCUAAUUCUCUCUAUAUGUAGUUUCUGUAAUAGUCCUAUUUUAUGUAAGAAUCUUACUUAUUUAUUUUUUGAAAUCUCUCAUUGUUGCUUUGUUGAAUUUGGUUAUUGGGCAUGGCUUGGAUUAGCCAUAUAAUGUAAUGGCUGCCAUUUAUUAUAUAUAAAAUGUUAAUUAUCUGCAACUUUUGGGGUUUAUAAUGGCAUAAACAUAGUUCAGUUGUGUACGUUAUUUAAAAAAUGUUGAUCUGCAGAUGUUUUUAAGGGGAGAAUAAUGGGUCACUGGAGUUCACA